AGCCCGGGAGGGCGGUGCAGCCCCGCGCCCGCCCCGUCCCUGCGGCUCCGGCGGCGGCACCGGGCGGACAAGGACCAAAGCCGGGCAUGGCGCGGCCCCCGCCGCCCUCCUGAGCCGGGAGAUCGGCGCGGAGCCCCCGGCACGGAGCCCCCGGCACGGAGCCCCGGCACGGAGCCCCGGCACGGAGCCCCGGCUCGGCAUCGCCCGGGUGAUGGAGAACCUCACAACUCCUCCAGCCUGGACCAGGAUCAUCAACAGCUCCUCGGACCCAGGCGGCACGGAUGACAACCCCUACAAGUGCGUGUUUGACGAGGACUUCAAGUACGUCCUGCUGCCCGUCUCCUACGGCAUCGUGUGCGUGGUGGGGCUCUUCCUCAACCUGCUGGCCCUCUACUCUUUCAUCUUCAGGAUCAAGACCUGGAACGCCUCCACCACCUACAUGUUCAACCUGGCCAUCUCCGACACGCUCUAUGUGGUCUCCCUGCCCCUCCUUGUCUACUACUACGCCAUGGGGGACAACUGGCCCUUCAGCGCGGGGCUGUGCAAGAUCGUCCGCUUCCUGUUCUACACCAACCUCUACUGCAGCAUCCUCUUCCUGCUCUGCAUCAGCGUCCAUCGCUUCCUGGGCAUCUGCUUCCCGCUGAAGUCGCUGCGCUGGGGCCACGUGCGCCACGCGCGCCGCGUGUCGGCGGCGGUGUGGGCCGUCACCGUGGCCUGCCAGGCCCCCGUGCUCUUCUUCGUCACCACCAGCGUCAAGGGUGACACCAUCACCUGCCACGACACGUCCAGCAAGGACCUCUUCGGGCAGUUUGUCAUUUACAGCUCGGUGAUGCUGGUGCUGCUCUUCUGCAUCCCAUUCCUCGCCAUCAUCAUCUGCUACUGCCUGAUGGCCCGGCGGCUGCUCCAGCCCACCCGCGGCAUCUCCCGCCUGUCCCGCUCCAAGAAGAAGUCGGUGAAGAUGAUCAUCAUCGUCUUGGUGGUCUUCAUCGUUUGUUUCCUUCCCUUCCACGUCACUCGUACCUUGUACUACUCCUUCCGGAGCUGGGACCUGAGCUGCCAGACCCUCAACGCCAUCAAUCUGGCCUACAAGGUGACUCGUCCCCUGGCCAGCACCAACAGCUGCUUGGAUCCCAUUUUGUAUUUCUUGGCAGGGCAGCGAUUUAUGAAGUUUGCGGGUAACAAAAUGCCAGGGAAGCCUCAGAACGAGGUGGCGCUGGGCAUCGUGCCCAACAGCCACCUGGGAACCAGCAGCGACACGGACACACUCUCCAAGGAGCUGAAAUCCUAGCUCUGCCUGCAGCAGAAGGGUUCAUCCUGCGUGUGCAGGGAGGACAGCGUGCUCUGGGGCCCGAGGCUUUGGGUGUUUGGGGUGCCUGGGCUAGCACCCGCUCCAGCGUGGUCAAACACGCUCCUCUGCUUGGUUUUGCGGUAUUUUUUUCGGGAGGAUGCAGCUGUGGUUGCCCACGUGAACCCUGAUCUCUGGCUCUGCAUCCCAGCCUGCCCCUCUGAUCAACACUGAAGUGACCAAAUCUGGGGAAAAAAUGGGGCCUUGAGUGCCUUGAGUCAUUUCCCAAAGCAAAAACGCCGCGUGCAAAAGGUGCCCCCAAAGAAUUCCACCUGCAGAUCGCCUGGCACAGGAGCAGCCCAGGUUCCUCUGUGCCUUGGCAAGGCAGGAGGGGCUUUGGGCGGAUGAGCAGAGCCAGCUGCAGUUCUGCUGAGCAGCUCGACGCAGAUGUCAAGGACAAGCAUCACCCAGGGCGGGAAAGGGUCUCACACAGCUUUGCAUCCCUGAAGAAAUGCUCUCGCAGCUUCAAGCUGGCAGAGCAGGGAUGGGAUUCCCAGCUCCUGUCCAAGGGCUGCCUUCUCAUGAACCAGGGUGCUGAUGGGUAUUCCAUCCCACUGGAGUGCACUGGUACCAUCGAGCAGGUCCCCUGCAGGUUUCUCCAGCGGGGCCAACAUCUUCCAAAAAACCCAUUAGUGCUUCCCAACAGUCACCCUUUAAAAGCUUUUAGGGACCUACAGCUUCCAGCUGCUGGCUUUAAUAGUCAUCUCCAGCUCAUUAAAAUUUAAGGUGAGCUCUUCAUGUCUUGUUUUUAACCCCCUUCCUGGUGACUCAUGUUUCCAGCCCAGCAGCAAAGACCAGUGUUCAUCCCCUUGGCUGAGGGCUGCCACGUCCCCAUUGCUGUCCCUCAGAGGUGACAAAAUUUGCCAGCACUAAACCCUGGGUUAAGGAGCUCCAAGUGAUGCUGAGCUUAACCCCAUUCUGCCUGGGUUUGGAAAAAAUGUCCACAAAACAUUUCACCAGAAGGUGCUCUUGGUGUUUUCCCCUGUAACUGUUGGGUUGGAGAGCCCAGAUCCCAGGUCCAUGGUUUCCCUGCCUGGAAGGUUCCUGCCCCCGAAAAAUGAAAAUUGCUUGGGCUGCAGCACUGGAAGCAUGACAUUUUGUAAAAGCUCUAUUUCAGGACUAGGCAAACACAUUUGAUGUUGGCUUAGGCCAAAACCACUCUUUGGUUUCUCCCAUCCCUCCUUUUUGUGAAGUGGUUUGGUGGAGACAAAGCCCCGUCACCCUGUCACCAGUUGUGUCCAGUCAGGGGUGACUGGGACCAUUCAGGGCUGACUGGGAGCUUCCUGUGGUCCCACCCUCCAUGGGGGGCUCUUGUCCCAACCAACAACGUCACAACCACAGGGGGCAAAGACAACCAGGACAUCUGUGGGGUGGUGCAUACCACCCUGCAGUGUGUUUAGGACAGGACUGGGUUAAGACCGGACUUGCACCUUUUAUCCCUUUGUUCUUGGGAGCUUGGCUUUGUGGUGAGGGUCAUGGCAGAGUCACUGGGGUGAGACAAAUAACUGGGAGGAAUGAAUUCAGGCAGGGCACCGAGCUGGUACAAACGUCACUCCAGGCCUGGCCUCACCCGCUCUCCCACGCUUGCCAGAAAGCAGCGUGGACACGUUACGUGCUCUGAAUAACUCAAGAAAAACAUGCCCAAAGUUCCCUCCUGAGGUCCUGCUUGGAAAUCCCACCUCCUCUGAGCUGGCUGGGAGCCACCACCCUGGGCAGCGCUGCCAGUGCCAUCAGGGGUGUCUCUGUGGAUCCCCAUCCCCAAGUGAGACCACUGGCCAGAGGCAGAGUGGUUGGAGGGGUACCAGCUGGAAAUCUAGCUCUGACUUCUGUUUUGGUUUUGUUUGUAAAAGCACUAACUUAUACUAGAGAGAGAGAAAAAAAAAAAAAAGGUGAGUUUUAUGACAGUGACUGUACAUUUUUAUUUUUGUAACGUGCAAACACCUCAGAUUUCUGAUAGUAAAUGAGUUUAUUUCUACUACAAGCA